AUGGCGCAGAACAAGCCGCUAAUGCUCAAGGAUUUCCUGGAGCUGGAUUGUGACACCGUACCGCGCCUUCUCGACGCUGAACUCCAGCGAGGAAGGAGGCAACUUCCGAGAACGCGCUCAGAGAGUGCGCGCGCGAGGAUCUCCUCCUCCUCCAUCAUCGAGAUGCUGCCUUUCGCUGUCACGGCCGGAUGGCUCCUCUCCAGGAGCUUAUCGAAGCUGAUGAGGAUAGACUUCUGGAGAAAUCGAGGCAAGUCAUCGCUGGAGGCGGAGGCCGUCGACGGCGAACGACUGCGGUCUUGCAGCUUACCAUUGCCGCCGGGAGUCAGCAGAUGCAGCAGCUGGUCUUUCAUGUCCGACAGUGGCUUUAACUCCGACGAAACGAAGAACGGAUCGGGGAGGAAAGCCGCCGGCGACGACGUCUCCGACGCGGCAACCAAGAAGGCGACGAGGGAUGGAGAGGGAAAAGAAUCACCUGAAUGCCACAGCUCGUCGGAGGAGGAAAAGGAGCAGCUGAGUCCAGUGUCAGUGAUAGAAUUCCCUUCCGAAGGAGAAGAAGACGCGCUAUCGCCUUCCUUUCGCCACAUCCUCUUGAAGCUGCAAAGGAAAAAGCGGCAGCUGCUCCGCAGAAUCGGACGGUUCGAACGCCUCGCGGAGCCCACCCCAAUCAACCUUGUCAGUUGCUUUGCCUCGUCCAACUAUGAGGUGACGACAGCGAGGAGGCUGCUGCGGCAUUUCACCUCGAUCUGCCAUGUAAGCUCACUGGACGCGAGCUUAGAGAAACUUCUGCUGGAUUUCUUCGUUCACAGCUUGACCGUCCUGCAGAGGAAAGCGGCGAAGACGGAAGAAGAUGAGGAAGCACUGCGGCUGAUUUUGGCGGCGAGGGAAUGGAUGGAGGGAAGAUGGUCUGGGGCCGACGAUUACCACGGGGAAGGGACGGUGAGGGAGAUGGAGGAGGGGGAGAAUGGGUGGAUGAAACAGCAGGCGGCCGCGGAGGAGGUGGCCGUGGAUUUGGAGGGCCUUCUCUUUGGAUUGCUGAUGCAGGAGCUGAUGGCGGACUUGGCUAGCUACGUGCUGAUGUAG